AUUCCCUUACUCUAAAUGUCAGUCGAGAUCUAUAGUAUAAGUGUUGAUUCAUUUUGAAAGUUAAUCUUUCAUUCUGUUAAUUUAUCAGUUAAAAACAAAUACCACAUCAUAAUAUAUUAAGUAGAAAGAGGAAGAUUAAUUGUUUUGCAUUUGUUAAAAGUUCAUUUACUGGCUGUUGAUAUUAUAUAGAAUGUUUAUAGUCUCCAGCAUAUUUUAUUGAAAGAGCAAGAACUGAGAUGGAGGAUCUACUAAGCAAGGAGGAAGAUCCAUUUUGGAAUACUCAGGAUUGUUUUCCUGAAAGAAGGAAUUUAAGUUUUGAUGACACUGUUUACUCGAUUUCAACGGAUGAUAUAUUUGGAUGUGUUGUUGCAAUCAUGAUUCCUUUUAUAUUUAUUGGAAACUCUCUUGUUAUUAUAACUUUGUACAGAUUUCCGAAAUUUAGAACCACAACCAAUUUAUUGAUAGGAAGUCUGGCUAUGGCUGAUCUUCUGCUAGGUGUGGUGACUUUACCAUUGUAUGUGUGCUUUUAUUUCCAUGGUGAUGCUUUAAGUAGAAUAAAAUAUCUCUGUCUAAUAAAGUAUAGCUUUGCACUGGGAACGUUAAGUGCAUCCUUGAUAAGCCUUGUUGCCAUUGCAUUUGACCGAUUCAUUGCUAUUACAAGACCGUUAAUUUAUCGUGUAACAAUGACCAAAAGAAGAGCUAUGUUUUUAAUAGUUGGUAUAUGGAUGUAUCAUGUGAUUGUGGCUUUCUUACCAUUGAUUGGAUGGAAUCAUUACAAUGAAUUAAAUAAUAACGUAACUCACAUCUGUAACUUUUUCACGGUAUUACCGGUGCCAUAUACAAUUCUUACCACACCAGUUGUUAUUAUGCUAGCUAUUAUAAUUACAACCUACUUGUAUUUCAAAAUCUAUCAAGAAACAGUUAGCUAUAGUAAACGUCAAUUAGAGAGAAGGUCCACCUCCUCCAAUAAGGUGUUUGGACGAAGGCAGUUUAAGAGGGAUACAAAAUCAGCUAAGAUGAUGGGACUGAUUUCUAUACUGUUCUACCUAUUCUGGAUCCCCUUUAUGAUUGGCUGCAUUAUAAAGUACAUUUCUAACAAUAAGGACUCAUCAGAGAUGAUCAAAAAUAUUUUUUUGACUCUUGCUAUGAGUAAUUCUGCUGUAAAUCCCUUCAUAUAUUGUUGGCUUAGAGAAGAUUUCCGAACUGCCUUUCUUAUGAUAGUUUGUUGUAGAAAAACAUCUAGUAUUAGGCAAAUGACUUCCGUGAAACAAAAUUAUGGAAUAAAAGGGACAUACAACUUCACCAAAUCUCAAAACAGAAAAAGUUCAUUGUUUACAAUUGAAAAGGUGCUUAAGCCUCUCCAAUCUAACUUAAGUGAUAGCAUCACAUCAUCUUACGGAGAUGUAUCUGAUUGUGAGACACCACAAAGUGUCGCUAGCGAUGCUGAUACUCCACAUAGUGUUUUCAGUGACGGAACAUUCUCAUUCAGUAAAAGUGACACGGCUAGUUCUAUGAACAGUUCAAUGACUACCAGACUUUAGUUUCCUAUAAAUUUAAAACAACAUGUGUAUAUAAUAUUUCUUCUAAACUUUUAUAUUUUGUUAGAUAUAUCGGGUAUUUGUAUUGUGCUUCUAAACAUAUUUUUCUUAGAUAUGAUAUUAACAACUAAUUUACUUUCCUA